AGGAAGUUAACAGUGCUAAUAUCAGAAACAGAAUUAAGGGUGCAAGUGUGUGGAUGCGUGUGAGUGUUUGAGGCAAUGGGAGGGGGGGGAUAUGCAGCCCCCUCCUGGUUGGCGCGGUCUCGCACGCAGCAGCAUCACUCCGAGGCGCAGCAGCAGCAGCAGCAGCAGCAGCAGCAGGAGCAGGAGCACAGACGCUGUCUUUGGAAUACCGGGAAUGUUCCGUCAUCACCUGUAGCUGCUGCACGGCGCUUCCCGACACACGCAUGCGCGCACCGACGCUUCCCCUGCUCCCUGCACAGAAAGGAUGGCACGCGCCGAGCGACAGCCGCCGCCGAAUCACCAGCACCGAGCAGCGCUCCGUCCCCGUCCAGGCGGCACGGCCCGGAUGAGCUGAUCCCGCGGGAAGCAAGAGGUAGAGGGAGGGCCGGGAUGAGGAGGGGGGCGCGGGGGGCGCGGAAGGAGAUCCCACGGGAAGGAGAGACGUACGGACAGACCGACCCACUCUUGGGGAAGGAAGCAAAGCAACGCACGUGAGGCGCAAGGUGCCAAUCGGGACUCAUUUGGAGGAUAUUUUUUGAUCCCUCUCGCAAACAGCGUCGCCGAGUGAGCCCGGUGUUGGUGUGAAGUGCACGAGAGGUCGCUAAUCCGCUGUCCCGUCUCCUCGCCAGAGUGACCAAAUGAAUCCCAUGACUCAGCUCUACUACAAGAAGGCGACGUACUCGCCCUACCGCGACCGCAUCCCGCUGCAGAUCGUGCGGGCCGAGGUGGAGCUGUCGGCGGAGGAGCGCGCCUACCUCACGGCGGUGGAGAAGGGCGACUACGCGGGCGUCAAACAUGCGCUCCGCGAGGCGGAGGUCUACUACAACAUGGACGUCAACUGCCUGGACCCGCUGGGCCGCAGCGCGCUGCUCAUCGCCAUCGAGAAUGAGAACCUGGAGAUCAUGGAGCUGCUUCUCGACCACGGCAUUCACACCGGCGACGCCCUGCUCUACGCCAUCAGGAAGGAGGUGGUGGGCGCCGUGGAGCUGCUGCUGUCGCACCGCCGGCCGAGCGGCGAGAAACAGGUGCCCUCGCUGAUGAUGGACAGCCAAUUUUCAGAGUUCACCCCCGAUAUCACGCCCAUCAUGCUGGCUGCUCACACCAACAACUACGAGAUCAUCAAGCUGCUGGUGCAGAGGAAGGUCACCAUUCCCAGACCGCAUCAGAUCCGUUGCGACUGUGUGGAGUGUGUCUCCAGUUCAGAGGUGGACAGCCUCCGGCACUCGCGCUCUCGACUCAACAUCUACAAGGCUUUGGCCUCGCCCUCACUCAUCGCGCUGUCCAGCGAGGAUCCGAUUCUGACCGCCUUCAGACUUGGCUGGGAACUCAAAGAGCUCAGCAAGGUGGAGAACGAAUUCCGCCAGGAGUACGAGGAGUUGUCGCAGCAGUGCAAACGUUUCGCCAAAGAUCUUCUGGACCAGGCCAGGAGUUCCAGAGAGCUGGAGACCAUCCUGAACCACCGUGACAACGAUCAGAGCGAGGAGCUCGACCCCCGACAGUGCCAUGACUUGGCCAAGCUCAAACUGGCCAUCAAAUACCACCAAAAAGAGUUUGUGGCGCAGCCCAACUGCCAGCAACUGUUGGCGACGCUGUGGUACGACGGCUUCCCGGGCUGGAGGCGGCGUCACUGGGUGGUCAAGCUGGUCACCUGCUUCAUCAUCGGGCUCCUGUUCCCCGUCUUCUCAUUGAUCUACCUGUUGGCACCCAAAGGCGCGCUGGGACGCUUCAUCAAGAAGCCCUUCAUCAAAUUCAUCUGUCACACGGCGUCCUACCUGACCUUCCUCUUCCUGCUCCUGCUGGCCUCGCAGCACAUCGCCCGCACCAACCUGCACAUGCAGGGGCCGCCGCCCACCAUCGUGGAGUGGAUGAUUCUGCCGUGGGUGCUGGGAUUCAUCUGGGCAGAGAUAAAGGAGAUGUGGGAUGGGGGGUUCACAGAGUACAUCCACGACUGGUGGAACCUAAUGGACUUCGCCAUGAACUCCCUCUACCUGGCCACCAUAUCACUAAAGAUCGUGGCCUACGUUAAGUACAACUCAUCUCGACCCCGGGAGGAGUGGGAGAUGUGGCACCCGACGCUCAUCGCCGAGGCUCUCUUCGCCAUCGCCAACAUCUUCAGCUCGCUGCGACUCAUCUCGCUCUUCACCGCCAACUCGCACCUCGGGCCCCUGCAGAUCUCGCUGGGGAGGAUGCUGUUGGACAUCCUCAAGUUCCUCUUCAUCUACUGCCUGGUGCUGCUGGCCUUCGCCAACGGCCUGAACCAGCUCUACUUCUACUACGAGACCACGGCCUCGGAGGAGCCCAACAACUGCAAGGGCAUCCGCUGCGAACGGCAGAACAACGCCUUCUCAACGCUCUUUGAGACUCUGCAGUCGCUCUUUUGGUCGAUAUUCGGACUGCUGAACCUCUACGUCACCAACGUGAAGGCCCGCCACGAGUUCACCGAGUUCAUGGGAGCCACCAUGUUCGGGACGUACAACGUCAUCUCGCUGGUGGUUCUCCUCAACAUGCUCAUCGCCAUGAUGAACAACUCGUACCAGCUCAUCGCCGACCACGCCGACAUCGAGUGGAAGUUUGCCCGCACCAAGCUGUGGAUGAGCUACUUUGACGAAGGCGGAACGCUGCCGCCUCCGUUCAACAUCGUUCCCAGCCCCAAGUCCGUCUGGUACCUGCUCAUGUGGCUCCACAACAAGCUGUGCGGCCGCGGCCAGCCGCCCGGGGAGGACCCGCGCAAGUGCGAGAACCUGCGAGAGUUCACGGAGCGUCACGCUGACAGUCUGAUCCAGAACCAGCAUUACCAGGAAGUGAUACGAAAUCUGGUGAAGAGAUACGUGGCCGCCAUGAUCCGCAGCGCCAAGACGGACGAGGGCCUGACGGAGGAGAACUUCAAGGAGCUCAAGCAGGACAUCUCCAGUUUCCGCUACGAGGUCCUGGACCUCCUGGGCAACCGGCGUCCUCCUCGCCGCCACUACUCCUCCUCCAGCGACAUGGCGGCGCGAGACGACGGCGGCGGCGGCGGCGUGGCCUCGGAGGACGACAGCGAGCCGGGCGACACCGGACAAAGGUCAAAGGGCGUGACCUUCACCGUGCCGCUGGAGAAGGAAGACCGCCGGCCGGGGCCCGCGCUCGGCGUCUCCGCCUUGGUGCGCUCCAUUUCCGGGAUGAGCCGGGUGGAGCACGAAAGCGAGGUGGGGCAGGAGGAAGGCCUGGUCUGGGGGGAGGAGCUGGAAGAGAAACCAAAGAGCAAUGGGCUGAAGGCGACGGCGGUCCCGCCUUCUGCCGCCGGCGCCCUCCCCUCGCCGUCGUCGUUCUCCUCGUCGCUCUCCACCUCGCUGGCCCGCACCAAGAGCCGCCUGCAGCGUCUGUCGGCGCCGGCGGCCAAGACGGACUCCUUCAAGCGCCUCUCCUUCCUCUUUUCCCGCUCCAAGCGCUCGCCGCUGCCCCUCCAAUCCCCGCCCUCUUACACCAUCUCCGACGGGCUGCUCCUCCCGCGGGGCGGCCACUCGGACUCGGGACUGGACCGCGCGAGCAGAAGCGAGACCCGCCUGAACGAGGUGGGCCGCUCCGUGGACGCCAACAGCUCCUCUUUCUCGCCACGGAGAACAAACGGUCGCGACGUGCUCCUGACGCUGCCCCCGCCCCCACCUUGUCCCUGCCAGUCGCUGCACUGCGCGUCCAACAUGUCCGAGUCCAGCUCGCGCCUCUUGGACUCCAGCGAGGACAUUUUCCAAGGCGGCGGCGGCGGCGGCGUGGAGGAGGCGGCGGGUGGCGGCGGGGUGAUGAUGAUGAUGGGCGGGUGGGUAGGACCCUGCGAUGAUGUCAUCGAGGACAGCUGCGAGGUCAUUGAGGACUCAGUCAGCACGCAACUCUAGAACCACGUUGGGCUGGCCUGACUUUUUUUCUUUGUUCCCAGCGCGUUGCACAGGGAUGGAGCCCGAGAGCCGAGGCUGCGUUUCCACUGCGGGUCGCGGUGCCCUCUCCCCGUUUAAUGCCCAAAUCCCACCUUUCUAUUUACCAGUGACCCAUAUCCCAGAUCACUGUGUUGACAUUGACUGAACACACGAAGCGACCCGCAUGCGCACACUCUCGACGUGCACGUUAACACCAACACAAAGCGUCGAUGUCACGCCUCAAAUGUACAGCCCGUAGUAUCCCGUCUCUAUACAGCCCGAACGUCCACCAUAUUUAACGAUCGCUGCUUUUCCUGUCGUUUACAGCGGGUGCGCAUUCUUGGAUGACGGUCGAUCCAAUCUUUUGUUGGCAUUGACAGAUAUCACAGAAGCCUGAGUCCGAUCUGAUGAUAUCGGAUCCCACGCAUCUUUUUUUUUUUCUCUCUCUCUCUCUCUCUCUUUCCUGCCACCGGAAACCAAAACGGUCGUAAUUCUGUCACUAGAACCGUGAUGUGUGAAUCCAGCCUUUGUGAGUCGUCGCCAUUUUGCCAUGGGGGGGGGCAGCUGUGGUUGUCAUCCAUGACCGGCGAGGGCGAUGGCGUUUCUUCAAAGACGCAGCUGAGAGGGUCCGGGUUCAAGCAUGUUCUCCCCAAGCUUGCAGUUUUUUUUUUCAGGUAUUCCAGCAUCGGCAUGUGAGCUUCAUUGAAGACUCAUGCGUCGAAUGUAGGUACGAAUGCCCAGUCCAGGGCGUCGAGUACUUCUCAACUGAAGUCCAAUGGAAAAGGGACGGAUGGUUGGUCUUGUUUGAAAGGAAGGCCUUUUGAUUUUCCCCAAGACGUGGCUGACUUGGUGACGUCUCACCAACUUCCUCCAUUGACGUAUUCGUGCACGUGCUCGCCAAAAAAGCGCUA